CGGGUGUCUGCUGUCGUGCCGGGAUUUCAGUAUGACUGAGACCACAGUGGAGGCAAGACGCACCGCGAUUGCCUGUCGUCUUGAAUACUAAUCAUAACAAAGUGAAAUAAACCCGCUACUGUACAAAACAGUUAACAAUAUUAAACAAUCAUUGUGAAUAAUGACUUGAAAGACGAAAGAAAGAGAGAGAAAAAAUAAUAAUAGAAAAGUAAGCAUAGAAAAUUCAGAAAAAAAAUAUCGGAAAGGAAAGUAAGUGUCGCUUGUGUCUUUGCGAGCGCGCGCGUGACAAAGAGAGAGAGAGAGGGAGAGAGAGAGAUAGAGAGAGAGGGAGAGGGUAAGGCGAAUUUGUGAAAUUACUGGAUUUAUUCAUCACAUGAAGUGACGCUCCAGUUCUUUACUCGCUCUCAAGAUGUCUGGCGAGGAGGAGGCGAAGGAUGGCUACGCUCACAGUAUGUGGCGGCCUUUGCCGUGAGCGGUCUGGCCUCCAACUGGGAGCGCCUGGGGAAGCCUUUCAACCCGCUCCUUGGGGAGACCUACGAACUCCAAAGGGACAAUUACAGGAUAGUGUGCGAGCAGGUGUCCCACCACCCGCCCGUGUCCUCUUUCUACGCGGAUUCCGAGCACUGGAACUUCCACGGCUCCAUCCACCCGAAGCUGAAGUUCUGGGGCAAGAGCGUCGAGAUCCAGCCCAAGGGCGUCCUCACCGUCGAGUUGCCCAACCACGGCGAAGCCUACACCUGGAGCAAUGUCAACUGCUGCGUGCACAACAUUAUCGUCGGUAAACUCUGGAUCGAGCAAUACGGCAACAUGGAAAUCACCAAUCACGCAACAGGUCAUAAGUGUAUUCUAACAUUCAAGACUGCCGGUUGGUUUUCCAAGGACUUGAAUCGCAUUGACGGAUUCAUAAUGGACAAGAAGAAGAAGAAGGUGAGUUUCCUGUACGGGAAAUGGACAGACUUCCUGCGAGCGACAGACAACGAUUCGUACGAGGAAUACUUGAAGACGAACGCCCACAAGUUCAGGCGAAGUGACAAGAAAAAGAGUGAGGACGGAGCCGUGACUGGAGCCAGUCCAGCUCACGCCCCCAGCAAAGUCCUCAAGAAGCUGAAUACCAUCACCAGCAGUUUCAGGAUGUCCACGGACGUCGAAGCGGGCGUGGACAUCGAAGACGGCGACCCCCCAGAGGAGGCUGAGGAAGGGAGCUACCCUCGGACAGACUCCACCUACAGUAUUGACAUCCCCAAUUCCGUCACCCUGUGGGAGGCUGAUCCCCGACCAGAGAAUUCACCGCAGUACUACCACUUCACCUUGUUCUCCAUGUCGCUGAACGAGUUAAAUGACGAAAUAAAAGCCAACUGCUGCCACACUGAUUGCAGAUUACGUCCGGACAUCAGGUUCCUGGAAAACGGAGACAUCGACGCAGCGGCCGCCGAGAAGAACAGGCUGGAGGAGAAGCAGCGCGACGCCAGAAAACUCAGGAAAAAGAGCAAACAUGAAUGGAAAGCUCGGUGGUUCGAGCAAGGGACUAACCCUUUCACCAAGCAGGAGGAUUGGCUCUACAGCGGAGGGUACUGGGAUCGCAACUACCAAGAGACUAUAGAUAUAUUUUGAUGAGAUUAAUUCCCGCCCACUUUUCAUACACAACACAACACACAAAGUCAUAUCGUAAAAACAAAGAAGAAGAAGAAGGAGAAGAAGGAGAAGAAGAAGAACUAAGAGAGAUUUGAUAUGUAGCAGCUCUUCUUGGCUCAUCUGUGUCCAGAAAAGGUGUUUUAUUGAGGUCGAUGUUUUUCGAUGGUAUGAAGUUGUCUGUCGUGAUCUGUAUCUUGCAAGUGUGUUUGUGUAUAACAGAACACGAGGGCUUUGGCUUUAUUUUAUAUAUACUUAUAUUCACGUCCUAUUUUCACUUCGUAGUUAUAAUUGCAUUUUAAAUAUUCCUUUCGUGGGUAUCUGUAAUUUGAAAGCGUGUGACAGAACGCAAGAAUUGCCCCUCUUGAAUUUUGGGUUUAUUUCUUUUAGUUUUAGGUUUUUUUAUAAGAAAUUUUCACUGUUGGUUAAAUCAAAAGUUAGUUUAAUAUCCCUUCGCUCUAUUCCCAGUUUAUUUCGUCUUGUCACAUAUUAUUUUAUUGAAUACUGACUGUACUAUUUCGAAACCCAAGUUUCCUCUCUUUUCAUUCCUCGUGAUAGAUGAUGUCAAAGUGUAAAAGUUGCCAGUUUGUUUGUACUUUCGAGGUGACGAACUCGAGAGGAGAGUUUCCAGUCAGUCAUUCAUUUCGUUCGAAUGACAACCAAAGUGAGCAGUGGAGGCAGAAGAAUGAAGUUGAUUCGCUUAGUCCUUUUCGGAACAAUAUGUGUAACUAGCUUUUUACAUCAUAAUUUCUGUCUCACAUUAUUUUAUAUGAAAAUUUCUGUUGCGAGAAAAAUGGAAAAUGAUCUUCAGAUGGUGUGUUGUAUACACGUUUUGUACUUUAAGAUUCCCUUAUCUUCGUUGUCUUACCUUUUCGUGUGAAUUUUUCGAAUUUCCAAAAAAAAUGGAACUUCAAAAAAUGGGGUUUGACAUCGAAUCUCAUGUACUGUUCCAUGUUUUGUAAGGAUUUAAUAAUCUCUGUUUGUCUGUCCAUUCAAGUUAAACCUUUGUGAGGAUGUAUAAAGCGAGUGAUAGCUCAAAGUGUACUGAUCUUUUGUUAGUUUCAGGGGUAUUAAAACCGAGAAAGCAUGUCGAGAGAGAGAGAGAGAGAGAGAGAGAGAGAGAGAGAGUGAGAGAAAGAGCUCAGUUGAAUUUGAAGAGUAUCCAGACUGUCCCUUUGAAUAGCCAGUUUAUUCGAGAGAAAUUUAGUGAAGAACAUAAGUGGUCUUUUUUUCUCUUCUUGAUGUAAUUGUGGCUUCCUGAAUCCGAGGAGUUGUAGAUGAUGCUGGGUAACUGUGUCCCUCUGAUAUUGUUUACAGUCCAGGAGUGAUUUUGUUUCGUUUUCGGUGCAAUUGUGGCUUUCUGAAUCUGAGGAGUGGUAGCUGAUGCUGGACACUUAUAUCCUUAUAAUAUUAUUUAUAGGGUCUUGUACAGCCUACUUGGUGUGAAGCAUUUUUUUUUUUUUCUUUUUUUUUUCUUUUUUUUUUAUUUCAGGAGAAUCUUGUAUUCGUCACCCUUAAUUCUUCAGUAGAAGGGUUGAGAAAUGAUUUACGUAACUCUGUACUCGAUGCUUUGUUUUGACUCUUCAAAUGGAGCCCGCAUCAUCUCCUGAAUAUCACGCCUGUGUUGAUGUAUAAUGAAUGACGGAACGCCACUGAAUCGCUUUCAUUAAAAUUGAGAGCAGUCGUUAGGGGUAUUUUUGAAGCGCCCUCAAAAUUGAGGGUGAUGGAAGAAAAAUAGUUAAAGGGAAAGGGGAGAUAACGAGAACGAAGUCCUUGAAUUACGGAAGAAUUACGGAAUACCAUGUCUAGUUUUAUGUAAUGUUAGAUGAAUGUGUAGGUGAGGUGGCGGAUCGAAAAUUCUGACGCUGACUUUUUAAGCACCGGGAAACUUUUUCACUUCGUAAGACAAAGGUAAUUUACAUUUUAUUCUUAAAGAUGGCUCCUUUAAAUUUAGUUCAUAAACCUUAUUCAUUUGCUUAUUUGAUGUAAGAGUUUUUUUUGUUUUAUUUAUGGAGAAACUCUAGUGAAAAGAUGAUCUGUUUGUUAAAUGUGAUGUUUUUCUUAGUUUUACUGGAUAUUAUUUUGACAGUAAACGUCAUGCAAAUUAACUGUUUAUCUAAAAUUUAGUCUAUUAUAAUUACAUCGUAAUCUUGUACCAUCUCACUCUUUAAAACAACUAGUUUUCAAAGUAAUUUCUUGAUGCCUUCUGACUGUGUAUACAUAUUUCAGAUACUGAAAGUUUCUCUUGAGCUACUGUCAAUUAGGCUGAAUUACAAAAUAUUUUCAGAAGUUUUGCCGUAAACCCACUGGAAUUUGCUAUAAAAUUCAAAAUUGUUUUUUAGAAUUGACAUCAAAAAGAUUCACGAAUCCAGAAAAUAUUGGAAAUAACAAGUUUCUUUGUUUUAUUCAUUUAAAAUGUUUCCAUCUGUGUUAAACUGUGUUAAACUGUUAGAUACUACUUGGCAUUUACCUAUCGUUUUGAUCUUCCUGUGAUUUAAAUAUUUUAGACCCCAAUGAAUAUUAUACAUUUCAGAAAAUGAAUAAUAUACGUUUCAGAGAAUUAAUAUUAUACAUUUUAGAAAAUUAAUGCAUCUCAGAAAAUGAAUAUUGUGCAUUUCAGAAAAUGAAUAUUAUACACUUCAAAAAAGUAAUUUUAUACAUUUCAGAAAAUGACUGUUAUACAUUUCAAUAAAUUAAUAUUAUAUGUUUCAGAAAAUUAAUAUUAUACAUUUCUGAAAAUGAAUUUUAUACAUUUCAGGGAAUAAGUAUUAUACAUUUCAGACAAUGGAUAUUAUACAUUUCAGAAAAUGAAUAUUAUGCAUUUCAGAAAAUGAAUAUUAUACCCUUCAUAAUAUGAAUAUUAUACAUUUCAGAAUAUGAAUAUUAUACAUUUCAGGGAAUGAGUUUUAUACAUUUCAGAAAAUGAAUGUUAUACAUUACAAAAAAUGAAUAUUAUACAUUUCAGGGAAUGAAUACUAUAAACUUCAGUGUCCCUAGGUCCAUAGUCUUUCAGAAAGUCUUUGGAAAGUCACCGCACAGAAUUUUCAUCCAUUGCCUCAUAAUAAGACUAGAAUCCUGAAUAAUAUGCCCAUAGUUGCUCAGCAGAUCAUAGAUCCGUCUCUUUGUCUGACUGGCUGUCUGUCUGUCUGUGUGUCUGUGUGUCUGUCUGUGUCUUGUCUGUGCUUAUUCUGUGAAGCGAUGUCUUAUGCUCACACUCUGCUUUUACGACUGACGUCAAAUAAAAAAAAAUGUUCCACGAAGGUGUGUAUGGUCAGUGUCCCCGAUAAAAAAAUUAAUAUCAUAUGAUAAAAAAAUGUCUUUUUUUAAGUAACUUGUAAAUGUAGAACGUUGUUUUUUUAAUAUUUUAAGUGACUUGUCAGUUGAUAAAGUUGUAUCUUAUAUUUUCAGUGACUUGUAAAAUGAUUUCUUCUCACGAACAAGUAUGUCUGAAUUCAUUUUCAGAGGUUUUAAUUUCUGAUGAAACAGAUUCCUUAAUUUAUUUUUGUGGCCUAACUAUUUGAAAUAACAAAAGUAGAAUGUCUGAACUGAUUCAAAGAGAUUUUAGAGUUUGAUGACACAGAGGUAUAACUAUUUGAAACUACAAAAAAAAAAAACCGAAUGUCUGAAUUAAUUUGAAAUGAUUCCAUUCUCUGCUGAAACAGGUUUCUUAUUUUAUUGUUGUGGUAUAACUGAUAUAUGUGUCAUUUCCAUCUUACCAAUAGUUACUGUGAUAACGACGUUUUUCCCCAAGAGGAAUGAUGGAAAACAAAGUGUUUCCAUCUCUGAUUGAUUUUGGGAACUGACUGUAUUCAACUGUAGGCAAUCCUCAUGCCUAGUCCAUGCACAUGCAUUGUUUUAAGUGUUUUUUGUUUAUGUUUUUCCGAGGAAAAGCUAAAACACUGUCGAUGUCAUAGAAACCGAUGUUAUAGUGGCUUCAUUUGUUACUUUUUUGUGUGUGUGGUUCAAGGUUUAUCAAUACCACACACUUCUGCUUUAUCAUUUUUGUUUUAUUAAAUGUAUACUGUUUCUAUUCUUUCGAGCGAUCUGUCAUUAUUGUCUUUUAUUUUUUAACGAAGUGUAGUUGAUGUCUUCGCCAUAUGAGGAAAGUUCCCACACCCCACAACACACUUUCUCUUGUAUACAGAAAAAAUAUAAGCUUAUGUGUACGUAUGCGUGUAUGUAAUACGUGAGCAUACAUGUAGACACAUCUCUGUGUGCACGUACAUACAUAUAUCCAUACGUAUUAUGAAAAAUACAUGUAUAUACAGUAUAUGCAACAAAAAAAGAUAAAAGUGAGAAAAUUUCAUUUGUGUCAAGGCUAUAUCCUUAGUUUACCUGUCAAAUUUAUGAUGAAAAUUGAUGUCAAUAUGAAUCUAGGAAAGAUGUGGAUACUGGCUCAUUUUCAUAGUACAAGUAUAUUGCAUCAAGAUUUUUUUUCUUCUUCAGCAAACUGUUUCAUUCAAAGAUGUCCCUAUUAAGGGAACUUUCAAUUACUUUCCAAAUGUCUUUUUUUCUUAAUCAUAUUUUUUUGGUGGUUUUGAUCCCUACAAAAAUAAUUCAGUCUUUUCCUUUUAUUCAUUCUCUGUAGAAUUCACCUUUUGACAACAAAUUCCAUAUUGAUUUUGUUGACAACAUAUUUCAUAUUGAUUGUGUUGACAGCACAUUCCACAUUGAUUUUGGUGACAGCAUAUUAUUCCAUAUUAAUUGUGGUAACAGCACAUUCUAAACUGAUUUUUUUGGCAAUACACACUAUAUUGAUUUUGCUGACAACACAUUCUAAAUUAAUUUUAUUGACAGCACAUUCUCUAUUGAUGUUGCUGACAACGUAUUCCAUAUUGAUUGUCUUGGUAACACUCUAUAUUGAUUUUGCUGACAUCACAUUCCAAAUUGAUUUUGUCGGUAACACACACUAUAUUGAUGUUGCUGACAACACGUUCCAUAUUGAUUGAGUUGACAGCACAUUCCACAUUGAUUUUGUUGACAACAAAUUCCAAAAUUGAUUUUGUUGACAACAUAUACUGUAUUGAUGUUGCUGACAACAUACUCCACAUUGAUUGAGUUGGCAACACAUUCCAAAUUGAUUCUGUUGACAGCACAUUCCACAUUGAUUUUGGAGAUUAAUGAAUGUUAUCCUACAGAAAUUAAUGUUCAACGUAUGUUCAAGUAAUAAGGAAUGUUUACACAGUAUCAACAGAAUUGAGUGUUAGUAUAUGUUCAGAGGAAUGUUGACAUUUGUUAAGGCAUUAUGAUAAAAUCAAGUUAGAAUAAUUGAUGUUAACUUAUUUCUAAAUCAUGAGAAGAUUAAUACAUCUUAAAUCUAGUUUUGAGUGCAUGAAAUUUAUAUUGAAAAGAGGGUUUAGUUUGAAGGUUACUUAAAGCUUCUAGACUAUUUUGACAAAGCUGAAAUCCAAAUCUAUAAGAUUGUGACCAAAUUGUGCUAUAAAAAAUACAGUGUCGUAAAAUUGAUUCUACUUUAGUUUUGUAAAUGUAGGUAUUAUAGUUCUUGGUAUCAGGAAAAUGUGUGCUUGAUUUGCCUACUUUGUUGCCUUUUCACAAAUCAUUUUUAUAUAACUAUUUAAUUGUUGUUUCGUUUCUCUUCGGUAAAUUAUUACUUCUGAUGCUAAAUCAUUAUGUGAAAGGCCACGCCCCGUAAACAUGCAUAGUUGCCAAAGGCUUCCAGACUGAAGGAGUUAAUAUUACUUUAGGAAAUAUUUGGCAACCAUAGCAAUAAGAGACCACGCCCCAUAAACAUGUAUAGCUGCCAAAGGCUUCCAGACUGAAGGAGUUAAUAUUACUGACCAUGACCCUUUAGGAAAUAUUUGGCAACUAAACCAGUAAGAGACCACGCCCCUAUAAACAUGAUAAGUAACCAACCGUUUACAGAGACUAAAACUCCUAGUAUUGUGAAUUUUACGGCUUUCAACUGAACACCAUACAUUUUGGAAGCUUGAAUUUCAAGUCAGUGGUUCUUGUUGUCUUUUUCCAUCUGAGUAGGAUCAUCUUCUAAAUGGUAAUAAAAAUAAUAAUUCAGGAAGAAUUUAGCAACUAUGAAAUUAAGAGGGCGUGGCUUUAGAAUGUUAGAGAUGUAAUUAUUUUAUAAUUGUGUGUUUAUAUUUUGUUGUGUUUGAAAAAAUAAGUGUUUAUUUAAGGAUUUAAGGAUCAUUGUUGUGAAUUAAGUACAAGUGAGUUUCUGAACACUGAAAUAUUAUGAGUUAAUGACGUUCGUAGUAAGUAAUAAGAUGUAACACCAAGUUCAAUUUUCAAUUGAAUAUGAAAAAAGAAGCAAUAAGAGGAAGUAUAAAACAAGGGAGUAAAUCUAUCUUGCUUCGCACGAAAGAAAUAUCUCUGUUAUUCAUUAAUUUAUGACCGUAUGCAUUAUCGCAUUUAAAGAAAACUAAUGUCGAUGUUUUCACUGCCAUAUAAUUCAUGUUUGAAAGUUUCCAACCAAGAUUACUUAGUUUAUCAAUUGCUAUUUUUUUCACAGACAAUCUCUCCUGUCAUGAUCAUGUCAUAUAAUUAACUUAAUAUUUCCGGUUGAUAAUGAUAUUCAGUAACUAAUGCUCGUAUACUUAGCUUUUGUCACCUUUUCACUUAUCUGUUUGAGGACUCACAUGUAUAUCUAGGCCUAACACGAUCUUAAUUUGAUUCUUGAAUUUUUCAACCUACACAAUAAGUUUCCGGAAAGUGAAUUAAAUGCUGCGUUAUUGAACCAUAAAUUCAAUUCCUUUAUCAACUCUUGCUAACAACUAAAUACGAAUGAUUGCUUGCCUUAUACUGGAACAUAUCAAAGCGAAUUGAAAUGUGUCUCAAUACUAUCCAUCUGACCUUUGUGUGUUGUUUUUUGUUGACUUAAUUGAUUACUUACUCGCCUACCAUUGCGUCAUAACCGAGCGUCUCAUCCACUUAAUGCUCGCGCGCUCUCCAUUACGUAUAUGACUUAAUACAUUAUAAAUGUUCUACUAAUCAUACAUGCGAUUCCUAAGUCAGUCCAUCUUCGAGAGAUCGAGAAAAAAAGCUCUCAAAUUGCACGAAAAAAAACGCGAGCUGGUAUCUCACCAAACAAACCAAAGGAAGAAUUGUUGUUUUUUAUGAUGAUUCUGCCUCAAGACAGGACCUUUAUAGACAUUCACACACACACAUAUAUAAAAACCUUUGGUCGUACGCAACCAGCAACCUGGAAAAUCAAAGACUUCUUCUUGGUGGUUUGUUUGGGAUGCUGCCACGUCGCUUCCUUGAUACUUUUCACUGUGACUCCUCCGUUUAAUCUUUUCCCUCUCAAGCCAUUACAUGAAGAACGUAAACACAGCCGCAUGACUUUUUGAAGAUGCAUCACAUAUACUAUAUUUACUCAAUAAAAACCAUUUGCACUCCAGCCUCUAGGCUCAGGGAUAACCACACACUUUGCCACAAACCUUCCUUUCCACUUUAUCCUGGGGUGUAUAAUCAUUGCAUGUCAUGGAAACCAAAGGCAACGUCCAGUUUUCGAAGCGUAGUUGGUGUACACCAGCUGGUGGCAGCCAGGCGAGCUUCCAGGAAUUAUCUUACAUGGACGCUCUCGUCUGAUCGUCUUCAGUAGCUCCCGGUCCAGGGUGCUGGAGGAAGAACUAGGCCGAGCGUGACAAUGGCGACAUUGCCGAAGGGUAGUAGGCCUACCGACUGCAAUGUCUGAGCUUCCAGGACUGAUCUGACAGAGAUGCUGCUCCCAAUUGAUCGUCCACAGAAGCUCUCGGUCCUGCGAGCUGGAAGAACUAAGCCAGAGAACUGUAUCAAUUGCCAGUUUUUUUUUUUUUUUUUUUUUUUUUUUCAGGCGCAGUUUGUCUACCAACUCGCACCUUCGUGAGCUUCCAGGAACUGAUCUUACAGAGAGGCUGCUCCCGGCUGAUCGUUCACGGGGGCACCCUACCCCUGCGGGCUGGAAGGAGAACUACUGCCGGCAUAAGAGUAGCGACAUUGCCGUUAACUAUGAUAAAAAAAAACAUAAACUUCUCUCCAGCGCUUCUUUUUUGCGUUCGUGUUGCACACAAUCCCGAAUCUGUGUCUGUAUGUGGAUGUAUAAUUAUUAAUCCGUGUUGAACACACCUGUAUCGGUUGAGCACCCAAUGACUUAUAUAAAUAGAGAAUAAGAUAAUAUAUUAUAUAUAAUAAUAAUGCUGACCCAGCACUAGUGACUACGGAUGCUGUUUGCCGCCACUAACAAUAUUUCAUGUAUUCUAUAACACAUCGUCGGGAAUGCACGCUUUAUUUGGGUCGUUUAUUUUUGACUUACUUGCCGAAUGUAAAGGAGAAUUUAUACAUGAAUAUACACUGAUUAACCCAUGUAUACUGGAUCAAGCGACACCAUCACAAUACUUAAGAACCUUCCUGUAACCAAUUUUUUAAACUCCCUGGAAAAAUUGGACUGCUUGCGACUGUGAGAAAACUAUUUGAUACAAAGUCAGCAAAACUCCUUUGCCCUCAAGUAAAGCAUGUAGCAUAAAAAACAUUAUAUGCAUAUCGUAUUGAAGAAUGCUAGGAAACAAUGUAUUCAUAAAUUCGUAUACAGAAUCCGUUGCAGUUCGCGAAAUCCAAUACACUUUUGCAGGUAGAAAUCAGUUUCCUCUCCCGACUGCAUUCCUGAUACCUACCAUGACUUACGAAGAAUUUCCUCAACGGGGAGUAUAAUUAUGUAUAUAUGAUAUAAAAGUAUGUAUCAUAUAUACGUACACAGAAUGUAUGUACUAUUCAUAUACAGGCUGUAUUUAUAUACGGCAUACAUACGUAUAUGUACAUUGCUUCGAUGUAAUCAUUUUUUCUAACACAUCCAUAUAAAGCGUAUUUUUAUUUACUAACCAACUUACUGUAAUCCCUCUUAAGAGAAGAAAGGUGAUAAUCAACGUUUGAUGCUAGCUUUUCUUGGAAUAAUACCCUAAACACGAAUCACGAAUUACCAACAUUGACGAUUCAUUCGUAAUGUAUUUUAACACUUAAUUACUGGUCUUUCCAUGAAAUUACCAUUUCGUGAAUUAUUUCCCACGAAAUGAAGAAGAUAUAAGUUUGCAGUUACUGAUAGGAAGAGGUUUAACAUAUUCUGAAUGUAAUUGCCGACUCUAUUUUGAUAUGUGACAUUUAGACUUCGUUUCAGAAAUUAGUAUUUUAUGCAGUUGUGGUCGAUGAUGGAAAAUUGAACAGCCCGUGAAAAUGGUUCAUAUUAGGAAACAAAUAAGCGUUCAGCCAGUAUAUGCCUGAUUCUUUAGAGCAAUGAUGAAAUCCGGAUUCAUAUGCCUAGAAAAAAAAUAACGAAAAUUUUACAUUACAAGACCGUUUAUUUACGUAUGCAAAGCCCAGAAAAAAAAAAACAGGGUGUCCAUAAAGUCCCAGUACCAUCACAAGCAAUAACUACUUGUAAUGGUACUGGGACUUUAUGGACAACUUAUACAUUCAUUUCUUAAGUGUUUUUAAAUGAUACGUCCUGUUCGAUGGUGCUGCAAACGUCUUUUCCGCUAACUUUUUAUAUUCCCAUUGGCUUCCUUUUUGUAUUGGUGAAAUAGUUGGGGUCCUCUCUCUCUCCUCAAGGUUAGUUUUCUCAUUUAAAGGGGGUUAUGUUGUUUCAGCAGACUCAAAGGAAAGAUUUGACAUCUCUCUAGAUCAUCGCAAGGAAAUCCCAUAAAGUUACAGAUAAUGUUACGAUCAACAGAUUCAUUCUAGAACUCCCUCCAAAACGGUAUCAUCUGGUUGGAUCCCAAAUUGGCUCAAUUGCAUAGUAUACCAACUCAAGCUGACGUCCCAGAAAAUCAGCAAGUCAGCUGCAUUCAGCUAUAACUAUCGAGAAGUCCUGGCAGUAGCUUACAACAACGGCAGCAGCUUGCAAUAUUGACAGCAGAUUGCAAAGAUGGCAGCCAUUCUGCAGAACUGGCGACGACUCAUGAAGUCAGCAACUGUCUUGAGUGUCAGCAACAGCUUGCAACGCUGACUGCAGAGUAAUUUUUGCAGUUGAUUGCUAUAAGCUGCUAACGGUCUUCAAAAGCAGCAGCAUCGUGAGAAGUUGCCAGAAGCCUGCAAAUUUAGUAGUAGUCUAACAAAGUUUGCAACACCCUGAGAUGCUGCCAGCUGCUAGGUCUUUGACUGCCACCUCGGUGGCCGCAAGUUCGAUUCCAGGGCAUUCCAUGGAGGGGUCAGAGAUGUGUAUUUCUGGUGAUAGAAGUUCACUCUCGACGUGGUUCGGAAGUCACGUAAAGCCGUUGGUCCCGUUGCUGAAUAACCACUGGUUCCAUGCAACGUAAAAACAAACUAACGGAAUCAGCCUUGUCUAAAAUCAGCAGCUUUCAGAGUCUGCUAUCGAACCCUUCAACCAAGCAACCAAAUAUAAAUUAUGCAGGCGGUGCUGAGUUGCCAUCUUAUCGGCAGAGAAAGAAAACGGUAGGUUACGAAGACUCGGCUGAUUGUUCAACAUGCCGAGAUUCUUCAGUAGUUUUUAAUUAGCCUUUUGCCAUUUGAAAACGUAAAUUGACAUUCCUACAACCCUUUAAAUUUACAUUUGUCGAUUCCGUUUACGUCAGCAUUCCAUUUCAUUUCCAUUGUAUUACGUACCGGACCUGAGAAACAUUGCCAUAAUGACAAAAGCAAAUGAGAAAUUGUUUAAUGAAAACGGGAAGCUGAAUGACAUUGUUCUCGUAUUUAAUUAAGAGUAAAAUGCCGGGAGUUGUCUUUCGGAAGACGAAAAUUUCGCUUUUGUACAUAAAUUUCUCUAUUUCCUAAAAUAUUCCAUAAACAAGCCAUUCCUUUUCUAAACAAGGCUUCUUGCAUUGUAAGAUAAAAAAUUUGGUGUAACUACAAUGUAUUUUUUUUUAGGACCAACUGACUUGAAAGAAUUGUCGGUUUAAAAGGCUAUUUUGUCACUUCAGUUGAGAUUGGUGUAAUUUAUCCGUAAUUGUGUAAUGGUAGAUUUGAGUAUUAUUUUUUAGGAUGAGUAUGAUGGCUACUGGGCUAAUAUCCAGUUGUCCUACAGGAAUCAUCCUAUUGUAGGGAUGAAUCUAAACAAUACUCAUAGUAAUAAUGACAAAAACGAGGAUUAGGAGAAGAAGGAAAAUGGAUAUAUAUAUAUAUAUAUAUAUAUAUAUAUAUAUAUAUAUAUAUAUAUAUAUAUAUAUCCAUAGUGAUGAAGAAAAAAAAUUAUGAUACACUUCUGCAUAUUAAACUGCUUAAAAAAAUUACAAAGCUCUGAAAAUAUGAAUAAGUUUACGUAUCAGUUUUUCUGUUCUACCCUUUUCUUCACUUGUAGCAAUUAAUAGUCUUCAUGUCCUUUAUGUUGGUAGCAUUCCAUCUUCCCUUGAAUUGUAUGAUACACGUUAAGUCAUAGAGUUGUAUAGCCAAUACGUGUAAGUUAUCAAACCAUGGAUGUUUAACCUAGUGAAAAAAAUAAUUAUAUGUUUUUGGGAAUUCGUAUGAUGAUAGUGUCUACGUCUUUUUUAAAAAUCCUUAUGAAAAUACACGAAUAGAAAUGAUAAAUUCCUGGUUUUUUGUCAGUAGUCUGUUCUAUCCACGUGUGAUUUAUGAAUACAUUCAGCAAAAUUCUGCUUGAAUGAAAUACUUCAAAUGAUUUAUUGAAUUAUUCGGGAGAAAGUGACGGAGGUCAAUUCGAUAUAUUCACUUAUAAUAGAGAGGUAGUAUACUCACCCCCUACUGACACACACACAUAAAGCUCUUGUAAAUACAUUCAAAUACAUUCUCAAAAGUGUGAAGUAAUGUAUUUUGUUCAUGUGAAAAGUUAGCUCAAUUAUGUUGAAGUCUAUAGAGAAAAAAUAUAUAUAUGAUAAUACAA